AUGGAUUUUACGCCAAAAUCUUUCUUUGCCGCUUUCCUCAAGAACCCAGACAUGGCGGCUGCUGUCGAACGCCGAUAUUGGUCUACGCCAGCCUCUAUCAUUGUUCAAAACGAGAACCCUCCGACCGGUUAUUUUCCCAAGGGUGGAUAUUACAGCUCCGAGAAGAUCAGGGCCAACUUUUUUGAUUCCAAUGCAAAGGGCCUGCGCGAUCAAGAGCUUGUGGAGCAGCACAUGCCCUUUUUGUUCAAACUUGUCACAAACAAAAUGUGCCUCGAUUUGACUCCUCCCCCAAUGGACCCAUCUGACAGACUUGAUGACGAAGAUGUCCCACUUGAGAAUUCUGACGCUGAUGAACACAAGCCUGAUCUCUCUGGUGAUGGACCUAAUGCUCUUCCAGAUCGUCAGCAGCGAGUGAUCACUGUAAGCUCUCUUUUCACAUUCUCAUUGAAUUAUUGA